AUGAAUGAACAAGAUUCGGAUCCUUCAAAUAAAGACAGUUCUGUAACACCUUACUGCUCAGAUGUAAUAUACAGUGAACUUGAUGAUGACGAAUCUAAUUUUGCUACAACCUCCUCAUCAUUUGAAAGUACAAAAACAUAUAAUAAUGAUAUCAUAAAUGCCGAAAAUUAUCCUCUAUACCACUCAACCUCACUGAAUCGACAAAUUGAUGGAAUCAAUCAAUUUGCAUUGAACUCAUCAAAAAUUUUAAAUUUAAAUAACGAGUCAUUAUAUAACAUAAAGAAACAAGAAUUUUUAAACAAAUCUGUUAGUUAUGAAGAUAAUAAUGAAUAUUCUACAACCACUCCUAACAAUAGAUUAUCUGAUUCAUCAGAAUAUGAAAAUAAAUCUUACAGAAAUAAUUUAUCCUUAACUAGAUUAUCGUCAAAUCAUCUGUGUACUACACCUGUUACCAAAAAGAGUAAUAAUUCAUAUUCUGACCACUCCUCGCUAUCCUCAAUAAGGUUCAACUCAUCAUCCUUAAUAUCAUUGCCUUAUGGAUAUAAUAAUAAUAACUUUACAAAGAUAAGAUCAUAUGACAUUAAUUACCCUACACAGUUCAGGAAAAAGAUAAAGUUUGGAGAUGUUAAAAAUGAAAUUAAGACUAUUAGGAACAAUUUUGUAUCAAAUGAAUUCAGUUCACAAUAUGACAUUACAUAUGACACUGAAUCACCAUCACCGAUCAAAUCUAAAUACAUAACUAAUGGCAAAAAUGGAUUUAAAAAGUCAUUGUACAAUUUGAUUGUACACAAUGAAUAUUCGUCAAAUCCAUACAAAAGAAGAUACCAAAGUGUAGUCAAUGAAAGAAGAAGGUUGUUUCCUAUCAAUGAGACCUUAUCAGAAGUAUUUGAACAAAUUUCGUUACCUGAGCGUUUAUAUAAAAGACAAAGAAGAGAUAAAGUUAAGAUUGAAGAAACUGGAUCAGAACAAAAGGGAUCAUCUACUGAUGAAGAGUCAUGUGAUGAAACUCAACUUGUAAAACAGGAUACUCAACUACAAUGUUACAAACUACCAUCAUUACACAUUGAAUACAUGAAUUAUAUUAAUCAGCUUAGCAGAUCGAAUUUGAAUAUAGAAACGGAUAUGAUAAAUGAAUUGAAGAAUAUAUUGAAUUAUGUAAUAACAACAAGGCAACACUUUUUUGAGGCAAUUUAUAAUCAAGAUUACAAAUCUAAUUUUGAAUUAUAUAAAUUAAAUAUUGAUCAUUUAAAGAAGAUUAAUUUAUCAAUACAGAAUAUACUAACAACUAUAAAUAAUGAUUUGAUAUCAUUAUAUUAUUCAAAGGGUUUGCUAAAAACUGAUUAUUCAAGAUCAAAUGAAACAUAUAAUCAAUAUAUUGACUUCAGUUACGGAAUAAAGCGGUUGAAAAGACUAUUUAAAAAUGAUUUAUACAACGUUCUUAAGUAUUCAAGUGAUGAAAAUCAUGAAUAUUCUAUUGCAGAUACGGAUACAUUUGUACUUUGCACAAGCCCAUCAAUAACAUUCUAUAAUGGAUACAAAUGCAUUCAAGGUCAAUGCCUAACAUCCAAUUAUUUGAAUGAAAAUAGAGUUAUCUCAGAAUGUGAUUCAUCAUCAGGAUGUUAUAUAUGGAAUGAUAAUGAAAUUUUUGAUGGACCAAGGAUGGCUAAAAUAGGAUCAUGGACAAGUGAUAAUACCCUUUCAUAUGAACUAAUGAUGCAAAAUAGAAGAAAACAAUUAAACUCAACAAUCUCAUUCAUAAAAGAUGUGUGCAAAGUAGCGAUAGCGGAAAUCAGAAUCCCAAAGCCUGAGUGGAGUGAAUUCACAGAAUAUACAUGCCUAAACGGAUAUUGCUGCAAAAACUGCUGUACAUGCGUUAAACAAACUGACCAAAAUCUAAUGUACACAAGUCAUGUACAACAUAACCCACUGGAAGAUAAGAAUAUAAAUUUCUCAGUAGAAACCAAAUUGGCGACCGUGGACCUGCUAAAAAAUGUGCUCGGAAGCUGUUCAUGUUACUGUAAAUGUAACAGUGACCAUUCCCACGUAAUGGAUAGAGCAAUUAAUGAAGUCAAUACACAUGAGAACUUGAGUAACGAGUCGAUAUCAUGGUAUGAAGUUGAGACAAACAAUUUAAAUUAUGAUUCCGUAGAAAACAAGUACACCAAUGAAAACAUUGUCCAGGAAAGAUUUAUCCUGAGAAUUAAGCUGGAUUCAUUGCCACUAAGCAUUAAAAAUAAAGUGCCAUUUACAUGUAAACUUGAUAUCAAUUAUAAAAAUGAAACUGGUAAAUAUAAAAAUGAUACUGGUCAAAAUAAUGAAAAUGGAAGACGUGAAAGUGAUUCAAUGAAGGGAACAGUGAUGACUGAUGAACUCAAUUUUAAGACUAAACAACUUAAUGAAUUUAAGUUUAUAAAUGAUUUCACAUUCUGGGACGCAAUUGAAAUAAUAAAAAAAGAACAGAAACAAUUGAACUUAAAUUUAAAGAACAAUGAAAAGUUGUUAAAGUCAAAUAAAUGUUUUGACGCUCUAGAGAUAGAUACAUCAAAUGUUCCUACUGAGUCGAUAGAAUUGAACACUGAAUCAUUUUCAUUUGACGGAAAGCGUGAUUCCUACGUAGAGAUAGCAUUAUACUUGCCGUAUGUACCAUCGACAAUAUUACCGUGGGAAUUCGAGUGGCUUAAUCCAAUGGAGAUAUUAUCUUUACAAGAAUCCGAAGAUAACUCACUUCAAGAUUCUAAUAAGAGGAUAUCUAGUGAAUAUAAUGUAGUGCCAAGUUCAAUAAAGAAUGUUUUUAAGUUUAUGAAUUCGUGGAUCGUGAGGAGAAAUGAUCUGAUCUCAAAUGAACGAGAUUUGUAUGAACAAUUUAAAGUUUACUGGCAUGAAAAGAUUAAUAAGUUUAAUAAAAAACAAAUCGACAUCUUUUCAUGGGGAGUCUUGCCAGUUAGAGCUCUAGAUUUGCCAUAUGAAUUUAUCCCAUUACCUGCUGGAUAUAACCGUAAUGACAUAAGCUAUCCAUACACGAACCAGGGAACAACAUCACCAUUUAAUGUACAAGGAUAUGGAAUUGGUGAUAUAAAUUUUAAAAAGUCAAAAUUCAGCCAGUUAGAUCAUAAAGGAGAACCUGAAAUAAAUGAAUCAAUUAAAAUGGGAUCAAGACAAAGAUCGUCACAACCAGCAAGAAGGAAACAGACAGAAGAAUUAAUCGUUAAUAAGCCAUCAGAAUGUGAUGUUGGAACAAGGUCAAAUGCAUACCUAGUACCAUUCUUUAGUAAUUUGACAGGACCUAGUGUAAAAUGGACGCACUCAUUGAUGGACUCGUUGAAAGAACCGAUGGAAAAUAUACAUGAUUUCAAGUCACUUCCAAUAUACAAAGCGAUGAAGUGUCCAGAAUUGAGUUUUUACAAGUUAGAUAAUCUUAUUGUAUAUGAUAGAAGGAAUAUAGUAUCAAACCAACAAUUAGCUGAGGAUGAGCUUAACUAUAGACUAUCACAAGUGUGGACAAAGUCUGAAGUUAAGAUAUUCACAGAAAAAUACCUAAUGCACCCUAAGAAUUUUUCUAAAAUCGCUCAAUUCCUAGAAAACAAAAAGGUUUCAGACUGCAUUGACUUUUAUUACAGAUUCAAGUACAGAUUGAAGCUGAAGAACAAGUUACAUGAGUUGAGAGUAAGAAACAAAGGGAAGUUUGACAUGACAAAAAACCUAAGAAGAGAAGCCUGUAUACUUGAUUCACUUGAAAAUAUGCUAGAAGACUGUAAUAGUGACUUUGUAAAGGAGUUUAAUAGUAGAAAUAAGUUACCCUACAACUCAGUAUCAGAUUAUAUGUUAAGGUCAGGAUGUGUAGACUCAACAAAAGAGUAUGAUAUCCAGUAUACACAACAUUUUGAUCCUACAAGAGAAGUGGAUGAGGAAUAUCAACACACACUAGAUAACAUUGCUGAGGGGUACUUUUUGCCAAAGAAAUAUCUGUCAAUGACAACCAGAAAAUCAGUACAAUUCCCAGCAUAUGACUCAUCAAAUGAUUCAUCAUCUGAAACCAAAAAAGGAUGUUUUGUAUUUGAUUAUAAAGGUGGCAAAGAUAAUAAAGAACUUGAUAUUGAAAGUGAUCUUGCAAAGUCAAUGAUAGUCUCAAUUAACUCAGAGUCAUUCUUCAACAAUAGAUAUCGAGGUCAAAAGAAGGUUACUUUAUCAAACGUAGAUAAGAUUCUAUAUCCAUUUAAUGAUCAGAGAUAUUUAAAUGAUCCUUUAUCGCCAAAUGAAUUAGCCAUAAACUCAAGAUACAAUGAAAAUAUUUUACAAAUCAACGGAAUGAAGAAUGGUCACCACCUAAAUGAUAUCGAGUUACAUCGUAAAUCAACUGACCAGACACCCAAAUAUCAAGGAAUGGUGACUAGGAAAAAGGUCUUGAAUAACAUUAAGUAUGCAUACGACUCUCCAAGAACAAUUCGCCAUACACACAAGAGUAAAAUGAAGAAAAAGCAUGCGAAGUGGACCUUGGAGGAGAAGGAAAGGUACAAGGAGGCAUUUAGAGCAUAUGGUAAGGAUUGGAACAAGCUAUAUCACGCAAUGGCGCCUUAUGGUAAGUCUAUGGACCAAGUUAAAAACUUCUACCACAAGAAUAAUUUCAAACGAAGAUUCUAA